AUGUCGCAAUCUGACGAUGGAUUACGUCCUCCAGUAUUGUCACGUAACGCUUCUCCUACAGAGCGUGACGCAGUGCAUUCAUCGGAUAAUCGCCAUAUGGAGCUGGAGCUCGCACGUCUGCGCAUCAGAGAGUUGGAAAUUCAACUUGAACUGCAGAAACUUUCUGAAGCGAAAGCCAAAAGGAACAAUCAGGACGAAUGCGAUUCGCACACUCAACUUCAAUCAGAUCCAGCUGAUUCGAAGUCCAUAGCCUUUGCCCUGGAAAGGCGACUGGAAUUACCGAAGCGCGAAUUGCAACGCUUUAGUGGGAACCCGAAGGACUAUUGGGCCUUCAUGAAAGCGUUCAGUAGUACUAUUGAAGACCGUACCCGAGACGACGAGGCUCGCCUGGGUUAUUUAAUACAAUAUUGUGACGGUGAAGCAAAAAGAAGGAUUGAGCAUUGUACGGUCCUACGACCCAACGAAGGUUACGGGCUCGCGAAGGAAAUUUUAAGAAAGCGAUUCGGCCAGAACUACAUGGUGGCCCGAGCGUUUAUCGACGAUUUGAUCACUGGGCCCACUAUAAAAGAUGGUGAUUCGUCCGCCCUAUCCGAUUUGGCACAACAGCUGACCGUGUGUGAGGUAACAUUAAGAGAAAUGGAUUAUUCGUCCGAUCUUAAUUCCCAACAUACGAUUCAGACCAUUGUACGAAGAUUACCUUCUCGACUUCGUUUCAAAUGGGCCAAAGCUGUCGCUAACAUCAGACGAGAAGAUCGUGAGCCAGAAGUUACUGACCUUACUGCCUUUAUCGAAGCACGUGUUGAUAGCCUGUGUUCGGAUUACGGCGAACUUGCUCUCAGUCUAGCGUCCGAGGAACGAGCGAGAAAAAGGCCACCACUAUCCGGUCAAAUGCACGGUAGAAAUAUUCAUUCUACUCAAACGUUAGCUCCUCGUGCCGGUAUCGAUCCUCGCUGUGGUGUCUGUGGCGAAGCCCAUUAUCCUGAUCAAUGUGCGCGAUUCAUUGCAGAGUCACCAGAAAAACGUCGCGAAAUCGUAAUGCGCCGUAAACUGUGCAAUUUGUGCCUACGCCCGAAUCAUGUCGCGAAAUUCUGCAGGUCGCGAACAGUCUGCUCUCUCAACGGAUGCAACGGUCCUCACCACCAUUUGUUACAUUUAAAUGUUGUUCAGAAUGAUGAAGAACCAAGCGUAUCAUCACACCACACUUCUCUACAUCACUCCGAUCAAGCGUUUCCGCGUGUUUCCUCGCGCGGUGUAGCUCUCGCGGUCAUUCCAGUUAUCGUCAGAAAUGGAGCUCGAACCAUCAGUACAUGCGCCUUUCUCGACAGUGGCUCAGAUUCCUCAUUUAUCUCUCAAGCCCUUGCGACAAGACUAAAUUUGCGCGGUCAGCAUACCAAACUCACCUUGAAAACUUUGACUGACGAUAAAACUCUUCAGUCAGCAGAAGUGAGGUUUGAUUUAGAUUGUCCGGGUUCAAAGGAAUCAAUCUGUGUUCAGCGAGCAUGGGUGGUGAAGAACCUUCCUAAAAUUAACCGAAUUGUUCCGAACCACUACCAGCUAGCAAGAUGGGCACAUUUAAAGGAUGUCCCAUUCGAUAAAUACAACGACACCGAGAUCGGUAUUUUACUCGGAUCCGAUGUACCCAAGGCUCAUUGGAUAGAGGAACAACGGAAAGGCACCCCAGACGAACCAUUCGCUAUCAAAACGCCACUUGGUUGGACAUUGAUGGGUCCAUUGUAUAAAUGUGGUACGCAGCAUUCCUUUGUAAAUCACACAACAAUAUGUGAAUUUGAGAAAAACCUAGAGCGUUUUUACCAGCAAGAUAUGCUGGAUCCUGGACCUACAAAAGACAAGGAAAUGUCCGUUUUAGACCGGAGGGCUCUCACUACAAUGCAAAACACCGUGAUAUUCAAAGACGGCCAUUAUGAAAUAGCAUUACCAUGGUUGACCGAUCCUUACUCGUUACCUGAUAACAAGUCGGCCGUCUUCCGUCGACUAAGCCAGCUGCGUAGACGACUUUUGCAGUGCGACGAGUUGCGUGAACGCUACUGUGAAGUCAUGAGCGAAUAUUUGAAACAGUCUCACGCGGAACGGGCGCAAGAAUCAUCUUUGGGUUUCAAAUGGUAUCUCCCACACCACCCCGUUUUCCAUCCAAUGAAACCAGGAAAACUUCGUAUAGUCUUUGACUGUGCUGCAGCCUUUAGAGGGUUUUCUCUGAAUGAAAGUUUGAUGUCAGGUCCCGAUUUAAAUAAUUCGCUCAUCGGCGUCCUUCUUAGGUUUCGGCGCGAAAGGAUCGCAGUGAUGGCCGAUAUACAAGCUAUGUUCCACCAGGUUCGGGUUCCAGAAGAAGAUCGUAAUGCUUUGCGUUUUUUGUGGUGGGAUAAUGAAAAACUCGAAGGGCCUCCGCUAGAGUAUAGAAUGUGUGUUCAUCUGUUUGGUGCCAAAUCCUCCCCAAGUUGCGCAGCAUUCGCGCUGAACCGUGCGAUUAUAGACAAAGGAAAAUCUUACGAUGUGGACGUUGUGGAAGAAGCCAAACAAUGUUUCUAUGUAGAUGACUGCUUAUUCAGCGCCCGAACCAUUGAUGAAGCUCGUACUUACGCGGGUCAGUUGAAAUCGAUGCUGGCAGACGGCGGAUUCAAUCUUUCGAAAUGGGUGAGCAACGAUUUACGGGUAUUGAAAUUAUUACCAGAAUCUGACUGCGCGGUGGACUGUGUCCAGCUUUCAUUAAACGAACCAUCACUUCAUCGUACUCUUGGUUUGAACUGGAACCUAAAGGAAGACUCUUAUAGAUUUCACGUUCAAACAAUGACUUCACUCGCCACCAGAAGGAAUAUAUUGUCUUACGUUUCCUCCUUUUUUGACCCUCUGGGUUAUUUGUCUCCUGUCAUUUUAACUGCUAAACUCUUACUCCAGCGGUUGUGCAAAUUGAAGUUUGAAUGGGAUCAAAUCAUAGAGGGCGUCGAGCUGGAUUUAUGGUUGAAAUGGUCACGUUCGAUUCAGCUGAUUCAAAAUGUCGUCAUACCUAGGUGCAUAAAGGGCCCAGGGUUUUACAGUACCACACAAUUUGAUUUGCAUGUCUUUAGCGACGCAUCUGAUUCGGGCUAUGGUGCAGUCGCUUACUUUCUGUUGACCAAGCAAAAUGGAGAAACAUGCUGCAGACUCGUUUUGGCAAAAGCCCGCGUAGCUCCCAUUAAAACGACUACGAUGCCUCGUUUAGAGUUAGUCGCGGCGGUGGUUGCAGCGAAGUUGGCGAAACAGAUACAAGUCGACAGUGGAGUUGUCAUCUCUUCGACAACCUUAUGGACGGACUCAUCGUCUCAUUAG